AUGCUUCCUUCGCUAGCCCUGACAGCCCUCGCCCUCCUGCCAGCAGUGCAGGGAGCACCACCCAUCCACCACCCAGCAGGAAUCUACCGUCGCUGCGGCCCAGUCUCCAAAUACUACAACCAAAAGACCUCAGACUGGGACGACAACAAUGUCGGCGACUGGAUCAACAACUGGUGGAACGACAACAGCGGCUUGAUAUCCAACAGCUCAGCCGGCUUCGCGGGCGCCUUCGGCCAAUGGGCAAUGGGCAACCCAGACUGGAGCUGUCGGGACGAUGGCUCAGAUUCAGACUGUGAUCUGCAACUGUGUGACAACCGCGUUCUCAAUGAUCGGGGUGACGAUAUCCGUCCCACGUACUAUGUUCUCGAGUCUGUGAAUCGUCUGCAUACUUACUUUACGGGUAUUGGGGAGGCUUUUGUGACUACUGCUUUGGGGGCUGCUUUGUCGAAGGAUUCUUGGGCGACGACUUUUUAUAAGGAUAAGGAUGAUAAGAGUGUUACUGCUCUCAAGGAGGUUUUGACUCUUGUUACGACUAUUGUUGGUGUUGGUGCUUCGUUUGCUGGUUUGGGCCCUGCUGUUGCUGGUGCUGUUGCUGGUGCUGGGAAUGCGCUUACUAGUGGUGGUAUUGCUGCGGCUGUUAACACCCUACCUAGCCAUCAGGAUGAUACCUUUGAGAAAUCCGCCGACCUGGGCGGGAUUCUGGGCAGUAUCGUUGUAGACUCCUUGAAGUCUUUCACGACAGCCAACAACCAACUGAUGAGCGGCCAGUCCUACGGCGACGCAGACAUCCGCAGCUAUCUUUCUGGAGGAGCCUUCCUCGCCUACCCCGGUGUUGACAAGAACUCCGUCACCGACGCCAUGACCAACAUGCUAGUCGGGACCUCCAUCAACCAGCUGUACCGCACGCAGAAGAUCUUCAUCAUGGGCGGCGGUGCCUGCGACGAUAACCAGGGUAUUGGAUCUGGUCCUCAAGAGGCUACCGUAUGCCGUGAUGGACAAGCCUGGUAUCUCUACUACUGGCAAGAAAACGAUGUGGUUUCCACCACCUCCCACCAAUGGGGAUGGGUCGCUUCUCCCCCUGGAGCCGACCAGCUGGGCCAAGGAGCCUACGGCGGUGUCAGUGUUCAGGACAUCAUCAACUCCUCUCUCGACGCUUACAACGUCGCAGGCUACAACUACGAUUCCGACACAGCCGCCAGCCGUGCUUCAGAUGCCAUUUCUAAUUCCUGGGCAAGCCCCGGUGCACAUGGUGCUUCUUGGGAGGGUAUCUUCACUAUCCCGGUUUGCGAUGUUGGCGGUGCUGUCAACUCUGAUUAUCAGGGCAAGGAAUAUAUUCUGCAGCCUUAUGGACAUGAUAGUCGGCCUGUUUGGUGUGGUGCCAUUUGCAGUGGUGAUUCUCAGAAGACGAGCGAUUUCAUCAAUGCUGCUAAUAUGGGUGGGUUCCAGAGCCCUAAGCAUCUCUGUAACUCGGACCCGGGUUACUAG